AUGAAGCAGAAAUUCUCCUUCAAACUAUACAAGGUAACUAAAACUCUGGUUGUGGCAAAAUGUUGUGUUGCUGAGUGCGGAUGGAAGUUUAGAGCGAGUGUGAAACAUGGAACAAACACAUUUUGGGUAACCAAGUAUCUGAAAACUCACACAUGUUUGGUUUCUGACCGAGUGGCUCUACGGAAACAUAGUACUCCAAAGUAUGUUGGUAAGCUUUUCAUAAAUCGCAUUGGAAUCAUUGAUGGGUUAAAUCCAAAGCAUAUCAAAGAUGCAAUGAAGAACAUGUUUGGAAUGACGCUUGACUGCACCAAUUCAUACAGAGCAUUGUUAUAUGUCCAAGAACUGGUAAGAGGAACAGCAGAAGAUGGGUAUGAGUGGCUGCCUUCAUAUAUGGAACAAAUCAAGUUAGCAAAUCCGGGUUCUAUCACUAGUAUAGAACUUGAUGAUAAAGAUAGAUUUAAGUAUCCGUUUCUAGCUUCUGGAGCUUCUAUUAUCGAUGGGGAAGAUGAUGAGUCUUGGGAAUGGUUCUUCACAAAAUUGAGCAGUUGUAUAUCUAACCAGCAUGCUUUGGUGAUAGUCUCUAACUGGAAUGCAGCUAUUAAAAACGCAUGUGAUAAGGUGUUUCCUUGGGCAAUCCGAGGAACAUGUUAUUAUCACCUUCAACAGAACAUUGUCCAAAGGUAUAAAGGAAAAUAUCUUUUGUACUUGGUUAAAGCUGCUUAUGUUCAUACUGUAUAUGACUUCGACCGGUAUAUGGAAGAGAUUCGGAGUGCUAACCCGGCGCUGGCAACAUACUUGGAGAAGGCGGACGUCAGGCUAUGGUCACGGGUUCAUUGUCAUGGAGAUAUGUACAAUUUAAAAACAAGCAACAUAGCUGAAUCUAUUAACUCCGCGCUCAAGCCAGCAAGAGGAUUUCCCAUAUACUUCCUUUUGGAGUUUAUAAGGGAGAAGGUGGGAAGGUGGUAUUGGAAAAGGAGAGAAGAUGCUUUGACUCUCACAUGUGAGCAUAGUCAGGGAGUUGAGCGCUUAUUGGCGAUUCGGUCAGAGAUAGCAGACACUAUGUCUGUCCAACCAAUUGAUGGAUGGAAAUUCUUUGUCACAGGUGGCAGGCGGAACUGUAUUGUUGAUUUGGAACACAUCAAGUGUGAAUGUGGUGUCUUUGGAAUCGAGAAAAUAUGUUGCUCACAUGCUAUAGCAGCUGGAACAUUUGCUAAAGUGCAUAUCGCCUCACUUGUGAGCCCGCUAUACUCAAGGGAGAAUUUGCAUGCAGGAUACUCACAUAACAUAUAUCCUUGUGCUGGAGAAGUUGAGAUCCGCAAAUGUCUUCCUCCGGAUGUAAAGCAUGGUCCGGGUCGACAAAAGAAGUCAAGAUGGCAAUCUUGGUUGGAGUUAUCCAGGUUCAGAGGACACAAACCACAGAAGCUACACAAGGAUUACAGCUUCUCAAACUGCAAACAACCUGGUCAUACACGUCCAAACUGCAACCAACCUGUUCAGUAA